CCUCUCGUUUCCAGAAGCAGCCUGAAACUGAAGUCUUCUUUCGCUAUACGGUACAUACGAUAAUGGCAAGAACGAAGCAAACUGCCCGGAAAUCGACCGGCGGGAAGGCGCCGAGGAAGCAGCUGGCGACGAAGGCGGCGAGGAAGUCGGCGCCGGCGACGGGAGGGGUGAAGAAGCCGCACAGGUUCCGGCCGGGGACGGUGGCUCUGAGGGAGAUCCGGAAGUACCAGAAGAGUACGGAGCUGCUGAUCCGGAAGCUGCCGUUCCAGAGGCUUGUCAGGGAGAUCGCGCAGGACUUCAAGACCGAUCUUAGGUUUCAGAGCAGCGCUGUGGCGGCCCUCCAGGAGGCUGCCGAGGCGUAUCUCGUCGGGCUUUUCGAGGACACCAAUUUGUGUGCCAUUCAUGCCAAGAGAGUCACCAUUAUGCCCAAGGACAUUCAGCUUGCUCGGAGGAUCCGAGGCGAGAGAGCUUGAUUCAGGCUCGUUACAAUUAUUCGGUGAUUUUAUUGUUCCGAUCUUCGCUUUGAUUGGAAAAAAAAACCUUAGAAUUUCUCGUAGUAAAUUCCAGAUCUGUUCUUCCGUUUUCUUUCACUUUCUAGUUGAAAGAUUAAUGCAAGAUCAGUGUAGUGUGUUUGUUGAUCAACUAAAAAGGCUCCAUAGCUUAAUCUAUAAAUGUGUAGGACUCUUGGAUCUUCAUUUCUGAUGAUAAGUGCUAUCUAGCAAGGUGAUGGAUCCAUAAAAACAAGCUAUUUGCCUCUUUCUGCAUUUUGAGACAGCUAGGGCUAUAUGGUUACAUUUUUAGUUUAUGUUUUCAGGAUAUGGCUU